UUGGUAGACCAUAGAGAGAGAGAGAGAGUGUGAAGACUCUUUAGUCUUUAUUAUCCAUACACACGCGACUCAACCAUCUGAAAUUAGGAUUAGGGUUUGUGUUGGUAUCCUCCUCUCUGAUUCGAAUCGAAGCAAAAUCAAUCAGAAUUCAGAUCAACAACAAUGGCGAUGGAUCUCCAAAAAUCAAAAUCAAAUUCAAUCGACGCUGUUUUGAGCUUCACAAAACAUGUAUUAUCUAAAGAAGAAUAUCAGGAGAAGAACCUUGUCUUCUCGCCCUUGUCUCUGUACGCUGCUCUUAGCGUCAUGGCCGCCGGUGCAGAUGGCCUCACACUCGACGAGCUUCUUUCAUUCCUCCGAUUUGACUCCGUCGACCAUCUCACCACCUUCUUCUCUCAGGUCCUCUCCCCUGUGUUGUUCUCCGACGACCAUCUCUCUUUUGCUAAUGGAAUGUGGGUUGAUCAAUCACUUUCCAUUUUCCAUUCUUUUAAACAACUUGUCUCCACUCAUUACAAGGCCACUCUAGCUUCACUUGAUUUUAAGACUCAGGGUAAUGGAGUGCUCCCUGAAGUGAAUUCAUGGGUUGAAAAAGAGACUAAUGGCCAUAUUACACACCUGCUUCCUCCCGAAGCAGUAAACAACUUAACUAGACUUAUAUUUGCAAAUGCACUGCGCUUCAAGGGUACGUGGAAACACAAGUUUGAUGGUAAAACAAUGCGAUUAGCUUUUUACCUCCUUAAUGAUACCUCUGUCCAAGUUCCCUUCAUGACAAGCAAGAAGAAGACGCAGUAUAUUAGAGCUUUUGAUGGUUUCAAAAUCCUCCGUCUUCCUUAUAAACAAGGUAGAGAUAGAAAACGUCGCUUCUCCAUGUGCUUUUUUCUUCCAGAUGCAACAGAUGGACUUCCAGCUUUAAUUCAAAAGCUGUCUUCAGAAUCUGCUUUCUUCAAAGGCAAGCUUCCUCGCCGAAAAGUGCGAGUAGGUGACUUCAAAAUUCCAAAAUUCACUAUUCCUUUUACUUUUGAAGCUUCAAAUAUGCUGGAGGAGGUUGGAGUGGUUUCACCUUUCUCUCCUUGCCAUGCGGAUUUUACCAAAAUGGUCGAGGUCAAUUCUACUUUAGAUAAAUUACACGUGCAAAACAUAUUUCAGAAAGUUACUAUUCAAGUCAGUGAAGUAGGCUCUGAAGCAACAGUCGCUACCACUUUCAUUGGACGGAAGGCAACAGGUGGUUCCCUGUCGUCUUGUCCGGCUAUAAACUUUGUAGCUGACCACCCUUUCCUCUUCUUAAUCCGAGAAGAUUUCACCGGAACAAUCCUUUUCAUUGGGCAGGUUCUCCAUCCUCACGGCCGCGGAACCGGGUGGCCAAGAGCUCAAUAGCAGCUACGCCGGUCAAGGAUUGCCACUUUUCAAGGGAACAGCGAUCUGGUCGGGUCCCAACAUCCCACACCCCUCUGCUCUAUCAAGGAAAAGUACACUUGGUGGUUGAUAUUCAUUAGACAUACACAUUUACAACCCGCAGAAUACUUUGUAUGUCUAGUGACUCUCACAAAGUAUGUCUAGCAAUCAUUAUUGAUUACAAAUCAAAAAGAGAGAAACAUAUGUAGUUUACUGUGGUUUCUCAAUUACAAUAGGUCAAAAGUAAGUGUUUGUAUCCACUUUUUGUCCUCUCAGAAUCACUUCUCCACAGAUAAAGGUACUUCUAGUAGCUUCGUUCUAAA